AUGCCGCCUCCAUCCAACAUGCGGAAGUCGUCGACGCAGACAAUGGUCACUGGCGAAUCGCACGUCAACCCGCUCGUCGCAGCCGCCGUCGCCAACAGUGCUGCUCAACCUCGACGCACCGCUUCUGGCCGAGCUGUACGUGCUAACACCACCCGGCCGCAGAACUACUAUGCGCGAACGCUCGGCAAUGGCAUCAGUGCCGCAGAUCGCGACAACGACGCCGCCGACGGCUCCAACACAGAUGCGGCUGGCUUCUUCCCUGCGCUGCAAUUCUUCACCGAUGCCAUUACCGCAACGCCGAAAGAGGUCAUCAAGCACUUCACACUCCUGAAAGAGGUCGAGUCGAAGAUUAUCGGGCCCCAGGAAGAGUUGGGCGCGUUCAUCGACGCUUUGAUGCAACAGCCUGUGCCUUUGCGCAAGCAGACAGCCAGCGCCGCCAAUGGUGCCGCAAUGGAACAGGGUCUGCUAGCGCUCACCGCGAACAACAGCACCAGCGGUAGUGCUAAUGUCAGCAUGAUCAACGGCAUGGCCGGACAGCAUAGCGCACAACCAUCCCUAGCAGGAUCGACGGUCGGCGAGGACGCGAUCGAGACCGAGGCAGACAGGAUCAGACGACACCAAUAUCACGGUCUGCGCGCGCUGACCCACAGCCUGCUGGGUAACAUGGACGAGAAGAACGUCGUGCUGUCAGAAGCGAAUCGCGUUCUGGCUCUUCAGCACAAGCGCCUGGACUCGGUCUGGCCGCAUUUGGAGGAAGAAAUCGGCGAAGAUGCGAGGUUAGGCAGUAUGACACACUGGGCAUACAGCGAUAAUCGACAGAAGAUCAAGGCAACAACCAACACCCAAAGCAGAAGAGAUGGCAUUGCUGCGACGAAUGCAUUGGCAAAUGUGGCUGCAGCCAUACACGACAACGAGGUUGCGCAAGCCAGGCGAGAUGCUGGGAGAGAAGCAAGAGGCGAGAAGAGUAACAAAGGCAAGCGCGCCACAGAGCAUGCAGGAGACUCUGACUUUGACGACAAACCCAGAAAGGCGCCCAAGGUUGGCAAAGGCAAAGCCGCAGCGAGUGCAGCGACCGGACUUGGCAUUUCGACGAAUGGAGAGCCUGGUCCCAAGAGGCGCAAGAAUGCAGCAGACAAGCAGAUGGCGCCACCGCCCAUGGAACGCACAAUUUCGACCACAGGAAGAGGUGGAAAGGUGAAAGACACCCCAAGGAGUACGCCAGUAAUCGAUCCUCCAGCAGCCAAGAAAGCACCGAAGGCGAAACCAGGCCUGGCCAAAGGCAAGAAGAUUGGCGGCUCUACUCACAACAGCCCGAUGCUCGCGAGCAGCCCGCUCGCCUCGUCGUUCAACCCAGCUACCAUGGAAGUUCCACCUGGCGCAAAGACACAGACCGCGCGACUGCGACAGAACAGCUCGACUACGAACCUGAGGUUGCAGAACGUGGUGCAGGAAGAGGAGGCGAUUACAAGUAGACCGCCGUCGUCGGCCGGCAAGGCGAAUGGCGCCGGCGAGAAAGCCAAUGGAAGGCGGAAAGCGCAGGAGGCUGCUGAAGAGCAGGAAGAUCGUAGUAUCGAACAGACCACGAAGUCACAGCUCAACGCUGCUAGCGAGCAAUUGAGACGAGAGGAGACUGGUGAAAAUCGAGGCGAGAAGCGACAGCCGGCAUCGCGGUCAGGAUCCGACAGGGACAUCAGUCGCAAGGCUAGUGGCAGACAGUCGAAAGUCGGGACACCGCGGACAGACUCGUUUCCAGAUGGAAGUGGUAUGGUGCGCAGUCGGAGUACACGAAGAAGCAAGCCUGCCAGUGGAGAAAGCCAAGAUUCGGAUUCAGACGAGCCACAAACGCGAAUGCCAGGUGGCAGCCGACACAAGCGACAGCAGUCCAAUAGCCACCUUGUCAAACAACUUGCUCCGUUCAAUCGAAGCCCCGAUUUGGAUCGACACAAAAGCGGUGAUGAGAAUGACAGCGACAGCGAUCAAGAAGCCGAAGAAAAUCAGCCUGAUGAGCAGGGGAAGGACGAGGCUGCUGCUGAAGAAGGACGUUGCGCCAGCACACGUCGCCCUCUCUCACGCCGCAAUACCCUUAAUACUUCGCCCGCGCCCAACUCACGAGACUCGACGCCUCCCCCGUCACCACCUACUUCCGUACGAGGCAAUGGCCGCUCCACCGCAGCUUCACUAGCCGCCAAACGCGAAGCCGAAGCCGAAGCCGCACGACGUGAGCUAGUCGAGGCCGAGACUGUUGCAGCAAAUGUCGAAGUCGAAGAAGAAGAGGAGGACUCUGAGCAUGACCCCGACGAUCCAAAUGAGCCCAAGUAUUGCUACUGCAACCGAGGCAGUUAUGGUGAAAUGGUAGCUUGUGACAAUGAUGAUUGUCCCAGGGAGUGGUUUCAUCUUGGCUGUACGGAGCUUAGAGAGGCGCCAAGCGAGGAGGAGAAGUGGUACUGUAAAGAGUGUAGGCCGCUAUUUGGACAGAAAGUUGGGAGGAAGGGGAAGGCGGGUAGAGGAAGGGGUGGUUGA